GAGCCAAAUCAGAAGUGCAAGUGAAUCCGUGCGCGACGCGACGCGAGUGCUGCCUGGUUUUACGCUUAUUUUCGGUGGAAAAUGCAUUCCUUCCGGUACGCAGUGAUCCGUUUCGCAAAGCCAGUGAUGUAACAAAUCCAAUGGUGGGCCCUUUGGCGUCCAAUAUGCUGGUGGAAGAAGCUCUAGUGGAUGGUUUAUGGUGAUAGGUCUGAGAGCCAAUUGUGCAAAUUUUAGCCAUCAAACCACAUGAAAAGCGAAGAUGGACUGCAUGCAAUUGUGUGCCGAGUAGAAGCGCCUACAACGCCCUGGUGGCAGAGUGUUACUCAUGUUUUUGAUGCGGAAGAAGUGACUGCAAUACAAGGGAUCACGUAUUAUGCUGCUGAUGAUGCUGUGGAUAUGAACGCCUGCAUUUGCCGUCGUUGCUGUUUGUUGCAUCGCUAAGCAGAGCGGUGAUGUAUUGAUGUGCAAGGUGGAGAACACUCCUACACCACACGACACUAUUGGCUGAUCAAUCUUUCCAGUGCCAGUCGACGUACAUUGCCAAAAAAGGACUUUCUUGCUGCUGCCUUCAUCCGGUUUACUUCUCCUGAUUCGAAUCGUUCAGACGUCACAACGCGCUCUGUGUUCAAACAGAUCGAUCAGUGCGGAACCAACUCGACCAACAGGAGUAGUGAAACUAGUGCGUGGUAGUGACUGCCUUAGCCGACUCGGGGAGUUGGUGACGAUCCACCGUGAAUCGAAAAUUGUAGAUUUUGCAGACUCACGACUGCGAAAAGAGCUUGGUUACGACGACGGCUGGUAAAAAUUGAGUAACAUUUUACAGCCACCGUUGGAAUCCCAAGCCGGCGUCAAGUACAAGUGUGCGCAGUUUCAUAAUUUGCUGGUGCAAUUAAGAAAAAUAAAUAAAACUAAAGAAAAGAGACGCGAUGACGAGCACCAGCGCAAACGGAGUCAAAAAUCGUCCAAUAUGAUGUGUGAGAGAAAGCUACACGCUUUAUGUGCGCACUUUUAAAUGGAACGAGUUUGGAAAUCGAAUAAAGACUUUAAAAUAAGCCAAUAAAUACUGGAACUAAGCGCUUGAAUGGCUUCAUCGUUUAAUGGAAAAAUAACAAACGGUAAAAUGCCGAAUGCUGAUGAUAUCUACGAAAACCUACCAUGCCGGGAACUGCGAAACGGAGCAGGCGAAGAGGAUGAUGAGGAACGCGGGAGUGCAACUGCAAGUGGCGGUGCAGUUGAUGAUGAGUGCGCCUCGGGUGGCGAACAUCAUCAGAAGCUGGAAAAUAACAACAAAAUUCAAAACAAUUUGGCCAUGAACAGCAAAGAUAGUUUGUAUGCGACACCGUUGAAGAAAUCGGACCGUCCGAAACUCCCACAAGGAGCGACUCCGAAAGCACAACUUCAGCCUACGUCUGGUGAUCAACGUCGCGCAACGCGUGCGGUUGAUGAUAAUUUAAACAACAGCUGCUCCGAUCGAGACGUGAAAAUAAUUAACGCCGAACUGGAGGACAGGCGAAUACGAGAUUUUUUGAAAGACACCUCUCAAAUGCACAAAAAGAUCGAACUGCACAAAGAAUACCAAAGUUCGAAUUUCUCCUACUUGGCACGGAAGGAGCAUUUUGUCAAUUUGGUUCAGCAAAAUGUCCUCAACGAAACUAUGAAUGGUGGUACUCAAGCGAAAGAAGAUCAAAUUGAUCAAUCGCUUCUCGGCUACAAAAGCUUGGCCAAUGAGGAUGAAGACAAAAACUUGGACGUUGACAUCAACGAAUCGCUGGAUGAGCUUGAAGCACGGUGUAACGAAAAACUGGAAAUGCUCACUAAUUUGCAUAGGAAUCGUUCUGCUGAGAGAAGUCAAGAAGAUAAUGAACAGCUGGAUCAGGACCCAGUGCCAGUUUCCUCGCAAAAUCCCAUUCUUAGUCAGAAACCACCGUCAGGUAAUAAUCAGCUCAAUGGCCGUGGAUCCCAUCAAGGAAGCGUCAAUCGGUCUCCCAAAGUGUAUGAUUCAUCGUUGAACUCGGAAAUUAAUGCUUAUUUAAACCGGGAAUGGGUCCUCAAAAAGAUUGCCAUGUGUCUAGAGCAACGCGCGUCUAAAAAACCAGUUCCAAUUCCGCCUGGCGCUGAGUCUACCGAAUGUGUGCCAUCCUCCACAUCAGGAUUUUUUCCUCGGGCUUCAUCUACCCAUCAACAGUCAAAUCGGGGCGCCGAUCUUCCAUCGCUUGGUUAUUUAGUCCUGGGCUCCAACGGUUCCGGCAAAACUUCAAUUUGCAACGACAUUAUCGACGGAACUUCUGGCACUAAAGGAAUGCUCAAUCGACGCCUUCUGGCCUGCUAUUUUGUGAAUUCGCAAAACCCGGAGUGUCAUAGUCUGAGCAUGUUCAUUCGCAGUAUCAUCCUACAAAUCUUGAGUCACUCGAGCUUUAUAUGUACGGCGGUCACAAACCAAAACAACACUUCGAACUCAAAUGAUCUCACGUCUAACGAAGCUGAGCCGCAAACGAAAAUAAGUAGCAACGAAGCCCUGCCGGAAGCAGAUCAAAAACCACCAGAGGCUGUUGAACCUAAAGCAGACGAGAAGGAAACUGUCGAAUACGAUAAGGAGUUAGAGGAUAUGAUUCUUACGGAAAUAAAAAUCAAUCAACGGGUCGCUGAGUUCUGUUCGAAAAAGAAAGUCUGCCGACAGCAGUCCGAACCGGUAGAAAGUCUAAGUCGCGACAAAGAAACCCCAAGCUAUCCGUACACAACCCAUCCUCCACUUCAAAAGACACAACCCACAAAUGAAUCUACAGAGAAAAAAGACAAAACAAUGAGUCCUUGUCGAUCAAAAGUUUCCAAAAUCCCUGUUGCGAUCGGGAGCAGCAUCCGUUCUCCAACCAAGGCCGUCCCUAACAAAGAAACACUGAAAUCCGAAGUAGACGAUGAUGAAAUCAUGGACGGUGGUGGUGAGGGCAUUGCCGAUCUGUCCGACAUAAGGCUGGACGAGGAAAUAAUCGAGGACGUCACCACGGAGAUCAAAGAUCUAGAACCGGAAGAAUCUCCUCAGCCCUCAGCUCCGGCGGAAGUGCCAUCCCCUGUAGAACCUUCCAACAUUCCACCACCAUUACCAAAGUCGAAAAACUGCAGGCAAGUCAUUGCCGAUGGCUACUACGAGAUGCUACUUAGUAAUCCGGAUAUUUUCGAGUCUAUCACCGUUGACAGCAUCGAAAAGAAUCCGGACGAUUGUUUCAAGAAAGCGAUACUCUUUCCUCUGUUAGAGCUAUGCCCGCCUAAGAAUGCCUUGCUGCUGCUGAUCGAUUCGAUCGAUGAGAAUUACAUCCAAGAUGGAAACCUUAUUUCCACUCUGAAGGGCAAACAGGUCACCAAGAGUCGUAACAUUGCCGAAUUGCUUUCCAACCACAUUCACCUGAUGCCCAAAUGGCUCUUCAUGGUGUGUACAGCGAAGAAACAAAACAAAAACAUAACUAAACUGUUUACUGGAUUCAAACGACUUACGCUGGAUGACUUGCGCAAGAGUCACGUGGUCAAGGACGUCCAGCAGUACAUUAUCAAUAGACUGAAUACGGAUUUCCGUGGCAUCAAUCUAACCAAAGAUAUUAUCGAAAGUCUGAAUCAGCUCUACAUAAAAUCCAAUGGUUGUCUCCUUUAUUUAUUUAAAGUUCUUACCGGUAUCAAGGAGAAUUUCUUCACCUUCCGGGAGAUAAAACUGAUUCCUUGUACUCUAAAUGGUCUUUAUCUGUACAUUUGUCAGAAGUCGUUCAACAAAAAGCAGUACAAUAAAAUACGACCCAUUCUGAACAUCCUUCUCGUGUGCAACAACUACGUCGACAAGUAUUUCCUGUUUAACUGUCUCCGCACCCACAACUACUCACUAGAAAUGGAAGAAUUCGAAAAACGCCUUGAUCUCAUGCGAAACAUCGUCGAGUACAGUCCUCGGAAUCCGUACGCUUUAAAGAUCUUCCACAACUCAUUCUGCGAUUGGCUCAUCGACGUCAAGUUCUCUACCAAGAAGUUCCUCUGCGAUCUCAACGAGGGCCAUGUCAUGGUUUCCAUGUACUACACCAUGGUCGCCGAUCAGCUCUGUCCAAACAAACUGCGUCUCUACCUGUACCAUCUAAUCAAGACCGGCGAAUAUCUUACCAACAAGAACAUCAACCUCGACCUGCUCCUCAUCCUUCUCGAAACGAAAUCGAACCUAAGCGACUGCUUCUAUACCAACCUGUUGAAUUGCUGCGCACUGUGCGAGGACGAAUGUAAAACCGACGUCAACUUAGCUGCAAAAACCCGCCUGAUGCUCGAGCGCUACCUUAAUGCCGAAUUAAACGACGAGUUCAACGGAUUUUUAAACGAUUUCUUCAAACCAAAUCUUCCGACGGACUGCAAAGUGCUCAAACUGCUCAUCGAAACGGGCAUCAACAACGCCGACACGGUGUUGUCGUGCGAAUCGUCGGCCAUCAAUUCUCCGGUGUUGUCCGAUCGGUCGCAGAACAUCGACUCGGAACUGGCCGAACUGUUGAUUUCGAGCGAAAAAAGCUGCCAGCAGGAGUUGCAAAAGUCGAUUAACUUGAGCCUGCAGCAAUGCGUCGGUGGCGAACAGUUGGGUCUGGCUGCGGCGGGUGGUUCCGGUGGAUACGGUAUAGACCGUUACGAUGGCGGUACCGGGGGUCAUCCAGAAAUGAUGGAACGGUGCGAAAGUGGUGUGGGUGGUGGCGGUGGCGAUGGAAGCGGAAUCGGUGAUUCCAAGUCGGAUAUACAGAACGAUAGGGUGCAGUACGAUAUGUUCGACGCAGAGCUGCACAAGGGCAAGGCGUUGAUUCAUAUUCUGGCGAACGAAGGAAACCAUACGUUGCUGGAGCGGGCAUUGAAUGCCUGCAAGGAUCCGAUCGAUCUGGAAAUCGAGGACCUCAACGGACAGACAGCACUCAACAUUGCUGCCCGAAAUGGACACAUCGAAAUUGUGAAGCUCCUGCUGAACUACAAACAGCCGUUGAAUGACGGUACGGGUCGGUUCCGCAAAACCGAUGUAAACCAUGCGGAUCGAGAUGGCUGGACACCUUUGCGAUCCGCCUCGUGGGGAGGGCACACGGAUGUGGUAAAACUGCUGAUCGAAAGUGGCGCCUGUGCAAUAGAUCGUGCCGACAAGGAAGGACGAACAGCGCUCCGGGCGGCGGCCUGGAGUGGAAAUGAGGACAUUGUUAAAAUAUUGAUCGAAGCCGGGGCGAAUGUGAACUCGAUUGAUAAACAGGGUCGCACGUCGCUCAUUGCUGCAUCUUAUAUGGGCCAUUAUGAUAUUGUAGAGAUCUUGCUGGAAAAUUGUGCGGAUGUGAAUCAUACCGACUUGGAUGGAAGAAAUGCGUUGUGUGUUGCAGCCUUGUGCGGAAGUUCUGGGUACAGUAAAGUAAUCUCGACUCUCCUGGAAUAUGGCGCCAACACAGAUCAAACAGACAACGAAGGUAUGUCACCGUUGCUGGUGAGCUCGUUCGAGGGUAAUGCGGAAAUUUGUGAGCUGCUUCUGGAAAACGGCGCAGAUCCCGAUAUGGCUGAUCAUAUGGGUAGGACUCCCUUGUGGGCAGCGUGUACGUCAGGUCACGCGAACGUUGUGAAGCUAUUGCUGUUCUGGGGUUGUGGAAUCGACUGCAUGGAUUCGGAGGGACGAACCGUUUUGAGUGUGGCAGCCGCUCAGGGUAAUCUGGAAACGGUGAGACAACUGCUUGAUCGCGGAUUGGAUGAAACACACCGAGACAAUGCAGGAUGGACGCCUUUGCAUUACGCUGCCUUCGAAGGGUAUGGUGAUAUUUGCAUUCAGUUGCUGGAAUCUGGUGCCAAGAUUGAUGAAUGUGAUAAUGAGGGUAAAGCAGCACUGCAUUUAGCAGCGCAAGAAGGCCACAACGCAGUGCUGGAAGCUAUUUUAAACAUCCAUCGGGCCUGUGUCGAUCAACGAGCUCAUGACGGGAAGACGGCUUUCCGGUUGGCUUGUUUGGAAGGGCAUUUUGAGUGCGUGCAAUCGUUACUUAAGUUUGGAUGCGACGUCAACUCAAAGGACGCUGAUUCUCGAACAACGCUUUAUAUAUUGGCGUUGGAGAAUAAACUGAAGGUGGUGAAAUUCUUGCUGGAGUAUUCGAACGUGGACGUUAAUAUUUCAGACAGCGAAGGACGAUCAGCGCUUCAUGUGGCGUCUUGGCAAGGACAUGCCGAAAUGGUUAAGCUUUUGAUUACGUUAGGCAACGCCGAUGUCAACGCAAUGGAUCUCGAGUCCCGAACUCCUCUACAUUCGUGUGCCUGGCAGGGCAACCAUGAGGUAAUGCAGCUACUGCUGUACUAUGGAGCUAUUCCGGACCACGCGUGUAAACAGGGUGCCACGGCGUUGGGCAUUUCUGCACAGGAAGGGCACGAAAAGUGUGUCACCUAUUUGCUCAAGUACGGUGCAAAUCCGUACAAAUCCGACCACUGCGGUCGAACGCCAAUCAAAUUGGCGGCGAAAUCGAACCGAAACAACGUUCUCCGAAUAUUGGAGAAUUUCACGAAAAACGAUCUCGAUGGUGGGAAAAUGGCAGCCCAUCAGAAUUUGAACUUCAAAUCCCCAGAUGAGCUACCGCCGUCUUCUUCGAUACACAACCCGUCUCCCUCGGGUCCGUUUCCGAAUCCGAAUUUGCUAAUGCCUAACAACAGUAAUAGCAGCAAUACCAACAGCAACAACAACAAUAAUGCACCGUCGUUAAAUGCAACAAGCUCCACGCAGAAUAGUAAUUUCUACGAGAAUACAAUGCAAUCGGACAACAGCAGUCUGCAAAAACGGAAAAGUGUCAUCUCUAGUCAAUCGACCGGUAGUAGUAAUGAGCAAGUACCCAUGUCUUUCACUCAGCAACUGCAAAAACACUCGCGACAUCACAAUUCCAAAUCGCACCACAUUGUACAGCAGCAACAUCAGCCUCACCACCAGGUAUCUAGCGGAGGCAGCAGCGGUACCAACAGCAAAUAUGGUGGCAAAAAACAUUCCCAAAUUCUGCCAAAUGUAGAGGAAUACCAAACUAACAUCGCUUCAAACAUUCGAAUGAGCCAUCCGAACGAUGCUGAUCUGUUCGACUUGGGUUGCAUGUCGCCGCUAUAUGCGACCCCACCACAUUCGCCCAGCAGCGAUGUCAGUUCGCCGGGUCAGAAUCAACCCCCGUCAUCGUUGGCGCUGCUCGGCAAGCAGUUCGAGGAGAUGAACAUCAGCCUGUCGAACAACAGCACUAUCAUGCACCCGCCGGACAAUCAUUUUGCGCGGGACACCCACAUGCGCAUCAUCCUGGGCAACAAUCAGAAGGAGCAACAGCAGGGAGGAAAAUCAUCGAAACGCAGUGGAAUCGCAACGAAUCCAGCCAUGCGACUGAUCCGCAAUCGGAUUGAUUCGGCCGCGCAGUUGAUACGGAGGACAAACAACAUACUGUCGAGUGGCGGCAGCAGUCAGGGUUCGUCCAGUAUCGGCGUCAAGUCCGGUACGUUCCAGUGGCGAAAGGAGAGCCAGAUGUAAAAGGUUUGAUUGAACAGGGCAAAAGGUAUGAAGUAGAAAGUACCACACAUAAAUGCUAUAAAUCAAAUACUGCUGGAAAAUUGCAAAUACAAAGUAUUAAUCGGACAAAUUUUCACUAAAAAAGAGACUGUGCAGCACUAUAUAGAACCUAAACAAGAAGCAUCAAGUGGCGCCUGUAGUUUCCAUUUCCGGUAGUGCUGCUAGAAAUUCUGCAACAAGCGAGACCUGUUCGGUAAGCAUUUAAUUUUAUUUCUCUUGCACUAAGAUUUAGUAAUCUCAGAAACCCCAAUACAUUGAGAACUGAAUAUAAAUGUACUACAUUUUAGGUAAACAUUAGUAUUCUAUAUGGUAAAACAAGAGAUUCAAAAGGCAAUUGCUUCAGGAAGUUAGAACAAUUAUUACAGGACGCAAACAGGUGUUGUGAAAUUGAUGCUGUUAGGCUUGAUUCAAUUAUUGAUGAACAUUGAUUGAUUGGUGGCUAUAAUGGAAGAAUGUCAACUCUUGUACUAUCGAGAGGCAGAUGAAGCUGUUUUUUAAAUUUUCGGUAAUUUAUUCUAUUUACAUUGUGAUGAUUUUACCUAUUUCAUUGGAUUUUUACAAAUGUGAUAAUCUUGUAACUGUCAGAAAACAUUAUUUAUUAAAAUUUAUUUAAACAAUUACAACUUUUUUUGAUUUUUAUUGUUUUGCAGGCUCAGUUCCUUAAAAGAAAGGGUUUUUAAUACUCGAAGUAACGAUUUCUUCUUUUGUCGCAAGGUCCACCGAUCCCCUGUUUUAUUAUCUUUCCGUAUCUCUCUUAAUUCCUGACUUGGAAACGUCUAGUUCGUUUCGAUUUUAUUAUCUUCAAGUACUUCUGUUCUUUUUAUAAAAAUUUCCAAGAGAAUACGGAGAAUACUUAUAAUUAUGCCGAGUAUCGAACCCAGUGUGUUAUUGUUUUUUUAAAUUCCUACAUUGUACUGCUGAACCAAGCAAGAGUUCACCUAUUUUAUCAGACUAUAUUUAUAGAAUGAUACAAGCCUCAUGAAUGUAACGAAUGAGUUGUCAUUGACACGAUCAAGUUUGUAUUGCAGUACCAAUACUGACACGGAAGGCGGGCCCACUCCAAAAACUCCUCAAAAAGUACUUUCAACGAACUUUUUAAUUCCGCAGUAAAAUACAUGUUUUGAGUCCAAUAAAACUAAUGAUUAACAACCUGGAAUCGGAAUACAGUAAAAAACUGAAGCAAAGCACAGUGAUCAAAGUUUAACCAGUAAUUAAACACAACCAAUGUAUAUCAAAGUUACACUACGCUAAACCCAAUUCUUAAAAGUGUGAGCUAGUUGAAAAGAUAAUGCUGUCGAAGGAAAAUAUGUUAUUCGUAUUUUGAAAGAGAGAAAGAAAAAUAACUAAAUAGAGAAGCAAACAAUGAACAAAAGCAAAAGCAUUUAAUUUAUAAGAGUUUAUGAAAAAAAGAACAUAAAACCACUGAACAAUUGAGAAUCAAUCCAACCAUGGAAACGUUAUAUGAGUACCCAUCUACCAUUAUUAGCGGUAGACUUAUAUUAGAGAGAAUGAAGAGUGUGAUGAAGACAAGGAAAUGUCGACAAAAUCGAAAAGUUUAGUUAGUUUGCCAAUUCUAGUCCCCUUGUUUAUUUUGUUCCGUUUACGUUUUAGAAUUAUCAGUGUAGUAGGUGUUCCUUGUUUUUGUGAAAAGCAAUCAGUUUUUUUUUCGUUCGCUUUUCUGAUAGAGACGAGCACAAGUGUGUAUGAUAUAAAAGUAAGUAUGUAAUUUAUUAAGUUAUUCUUGCGUUUAGUCGAGUUCCGCUGUAACCACAUAAUUACUGAAAUUAUUUAUUUCCUAUCUCGUAUGAAAUUUCAAGCAAAUGAACAAAUGAGUUAAACUGAACCGCUAAGUGGUGUCAAUCAUGAACGAAAUUGUGUAUUUAUUAUUAUUGACCGUAUACCACAAUAAACUGCAUAAUUCUACUUUAUAACGGAUUUUUUCGUCUUCUAAGCGAGCCACCUAAGGCUGGUUGAGUUCAAAAGUUAUUACACCUAACUGAAACAAACGUACUUCUCCUCUAAUAUUUGAUACAAGCAGAGGUAACUGAUAUAAAAGUAAAGGAAAAAUACAGAAGCAUAUUGGUAGUAGAUUCUAGUGAAAAUAAAAUAUAAAUUGAAAUCAA